UGGUUCUGCGGCCGUGUGUGGGUUCUGCGGCUGGGGGCAGGGCUGCACUGCCAUUGGGGGGCUGCUCCCGUCACCUGCACUCACCACCUGUGCCUCCCUUGGGCUGCUUAGACUCUUACAGGGGCCACUGGCGGGGUCGCUGCCCAGGGCCUCUCCAGCCCGCGGAGUGGCGCCCGCUGUCCCCCUCACGGAGUCCUCCUGCCACUCUGUGAGGCCCAGGGUGGCCGCGGGCAUGGGGCAGCCUGACCUCACCUGCUCUCUCCCUCCGCAGGCCCCCUCGCUGGGGAGGCAGAGUCCUCGCGUGGCCACCUGCCUUGCUCAUGGCCUGUGUCCCGGGGGGUCCAGCUUGCAGACGACAACAGUGGUGUCCGUGGGCUCUGCUGACCAUAGGCUCAACCUCGCUGAGAUCCUGUCCCAGAACUACGGCAUCCGGGAGGAGUGUGAGGGGGCCACGAGGGGCCCGGAGAAGCCGGAGGAGGAGCUGGAGAAGGACUUCAUGUCCCAGGGCAGCGACAUGCCCCUGGAUGAGCUGCUUGCCCUGUACGGCUACGAGGCGUCCGACCCCAUCUCAGAGCAGGAGGGAGAGGGCAGAAGCACACCUCACCUGCUGGAUGUGACGCUGGACAAGGAACAAAUAGAGAAGGAUUUGCUUUCAGGGGAAGAAGAGGAGGAGAGGCAGUCAUCAGCUGGCUACCUCAUGCCGUCCGUGACCUCCCGUGAGGCCGCCAGCCUUUUCCCCAACCAGCGCAGAACCCACCUCCUGGCCGACGAAGAUGGAGAGCCCGGCUCCUCUGCCUCCUCCGACACCGAGGAAGACUCGCUUCCCGCCAACAAAUGUAAGAAGGAAAUCAUGGUUGGGCCCCAGUUCCAGGCCGACCUCAGCAGCCUGCACUUGAGCAGACACGGAGAGAAGAUCUACGAGAACGAGGACCAGCUGCUCUGGGACCCCAAUAUCCUCCCCGAGAGGGAGGUGGAGGAGUUCCUCUACCGGGCGGUGACACGCAGGUGGGAUGAGAUGCCCGGGUCUCAGCUCCCGCACGGAGAGUCAGUCAGGGACAGCGAGCAGGCGCUGUACGAGCUGGUGAAGUGUAACUUCCACGCGGAGGAGGCGCUGCGCAGGCUGCGGUUCAACGUGAAGGUGAUUCGAGACGGACUCUGUGCCUGGAGCGAGGAGGAGUGCCGGAACUUUGAGCAUGGCUUCCGCGUGCACGGGAAGAAUUUCCACCUGAUCCAGGCCAACAAGGUGCGCACGCGGUCCGUGGGCGAGUGUGUGGAGUACUACUACCUGUGGAAGAAGUCUGAGCGCUAUGACUACUUCACCCAGCAGACGCGCCUGGGCCGCAGGAAGUACAUCCCUCCAGGAAGCACGGACCCUGACCAGGACCUGGAUGGUGGGGAUCCCGAUGGCCCCGGCCGCCCUCGCGCCUCGCCGCCCCCACCCCCGGCCCCGGAAGGCCCCCUGCGGGACAGCCCGGCAGGGACAUGCCCAGACCCUCUGAGUGCGGAUGGCACGGACCUCGGUGUCGGCGAGCCCAGGCUGGGCCCCAGCGGCCUCCCCUCCUCGGGGCCAGGGCCCUGCCUGCUCCAGGAGCUGGAAGAGCCCCCGGCCGCACCCUUGUUGCAGCGGUCCCCAGUCGUCUACCCACCGCCUGUGGCUGCCGUGGACCCAGGCGCCAGCCCACGGUUGGCUGUGGACUUCGCCCUGCCCGGGGCCCUACCUGCGGAGCUGCCUCUCAUCUCUGGCCACGUGGACCUGGACGGAGACCCUGAGGAGGCCGUGGCGCCCGCACAGGUGGCCCUGUCGGUCACGGAAUUUGGGCUCAUCGGCAUUGGGGAUGUGAAUCCCUUCCUGGCUGCCCACCCAGCAUGCCCGGCUCCCGGGCUGCACACGGAGCCUUUGUCACACUGCAACGUGAUGAGCUGCUGAUUCCUGACUGCAGGGCAGCCCUGCGAGGCCGCGCAACCCCCACGCGUCUUGUUCCAGACUGGACUUGAGGCCUCUGUCCCGGUCUGCUCGCACGGGCUCUCAGGCUCCCCGAGCUCCCUGUACUCGCAGGCCUCGGGUGACACCUGCUGUGCUUCAGAACAUGUGGGGACGGGGGUGGGAGAGGGCUUUGCCCUGGCCACAGACUGGACCCAGGGCCACGCAGACCCAUGCCGGGCACCGGUGCCCAGCUCCAGGCCCCCACCCCACGGGAUAGGCAGCUGGGUGCAGAGCUGUUGCCCGGGCCCUUUCCAGCCAGCAGGGGAGAGGGAAGACGCAUCACCCCCAGUGGGGGACAGGACAGCCCGUCCCUGGCCACCAGCAGCCCCUGACCCGGCCCUCGGCGCUCCAGCUGGCUCUGUCUCCCACCUCCUGGCAGGCGUGGCAGCUGCUCCUCAGUGCCAAAUCCCCGGGGCACAGAGCCAUAUACCUCGCUGUCCGGCCCAGCUGCCCAUCCCAUCUCCACUUCAGGAAAAGCCGCACUUUACGCCUCCCCCCCGGGCACUUGCACCCCUGGGCCACCCCCCAUGGUGUUCGGUUCUGAGGCAGUGGCCUCCAGAAGGACCGGCUACCCUGGGGGCCAUGCCAGCCUGUUCUAGGCCUGCAGGUUUUGUUUCUGUUGAUGCUCCCCAGCGACGUGGGGUGGGGUCCUCCUUCUCUGCCCAGCUUCCUUGUUUUAUUUAUGUUUCUGUUUACAAGUUGAAGUGGGGUCCUCCAGGGGUGUCGCCAGGAGGGCGGUUUGCACGAGCUCCUCCUCCGCAGGGCUGGUCUGCACCUCCCCUCUCGCCCCAGGACCACACUGUGAAGUGACUCCCUUGCGGUUUUAUUUAUUAAACUUGAUUUGGAGCCCA